AAAUUAAUACCGAAGCAUCACCAUUCACCCACUUACAUUCGAGCAUUUUACAGGGAAAGAUCUGUGAGCUCAUACGUUAUCAUCAAUGGCCAAGGAGACAGUGUGUGUAACCGGAGCCAACGGUUUCAUCGGAUCCUGGAUAAUCCGAACAUUACUUGAAACUGGAUACACCAAAAUCCACGCUUCUAUCUACCCAGGAUCCGACCCGACUCAUCUCCUCGAACUACCAAGAUCCGACGAGAGAAACACCGAGAUCAAGAUCUUCGAAGCCGAUCUCCUAGACUCCGACGCCAUUGCCAGAGCCGUAGACGGAUGCUCAGGAGUGUUCCACGUGGCGUCACCCUGUACGUUGGAUCCACCCGAGAAUCCAGAGAAGGAGCUGGUCGAACCGGCGGUUAAGGGAACGAUCAAUGUGUUGUUAGCAGCUAAUAGGUCCAAUGUGAGGCGCGUGGUGAUCACUUCCUCUAUCUCGGCUUUGGUUCCGAAUCCUAAUUGGCCGGAAGGGAAACCCGUCGAUGAGUCGUCGUGGACCGAUCUCGAUUUUUGCAAGUCCAUGCAGAAAUGGUAUCCAAUUUCGAAGACACUAGCUGAGAAAGCGGCUUGGGAAUUUUCGGAGAAGCAUGGAACCAACAUCGUCACAAUCCAUCCAUCCACAUGCCUCGGACCACUUCUGCAACCCAGCCUUAACGCAAGCUGCGCCGUUCUGCUCCAGCUCUUACAAGGCUCGACCGAGACACAAGAGCAUCACUGGCUCGGUGUGGUGCACGUGAGAGAUGUGGCGAAAGCUCACGUGAUGCUGUUCGAAACACCUGAAGCUUCUGGUCGGUUUCUAUGCAGUAACGGGAUCUAUCAGUUCAGUGAGUUCGCUGCUCUUGUGUCCAAACUCUUCCCUGAGUUUAAUGUUCACGGGUUUGAUAAAGAAACUCAACCUGGGCUUACGUCGUGUAAAGAUGCGGCUAAGAGAUUGAUUGAGAUGGGGUUGGUUUUUACUGCGGUCGAAGAUGCGGUUAAGGAGACUGUGGAGAGUCUUAGAGACAAAAGCUUCCUCUGAACGAAUAAAAUAUCUUCUGAGAGUUCCAAACUCUCUGAGUUUUAUUGUAUAAAACAAGUAUAGGAACUAAAAAGUAAACUGGUGGUUUCAUAUGAUGCAUAUAUGUAUGAGUACAAUGUAAUAUUAUCAUUGUUGUUGUUUGUUGUUUGUUGUCUGUGAGGUUUUACCAUGCUCAGGGUAGCUUACUACGAUUACAGAAUCAGCUGGACGAAGCAGGAGCAUCUGGCUGGCUGGUUCUCUGUGAUUGCGUUCUGAAACGCAGGAAGAUCGUUAUAUGACUCGUACAUUUUGCAAGAGUCCGGUACGGUUCCUGUCGACAUCCAAAUGAAAAACAUGAUCUAUCAUAUUGCACAAGUACAAACCAAGUGAUCCGAAGCGAGGAUAUCGUCUAUGUAUUUACAAUAGGAAUUAUGUGCGCAUGGCGUCCCUGAUGUGUAAGACCCUAAGUAAAUGUUUAUAAAUUUUUUUCUUUUUGCAAAUUUGGAGACCUUUUUCUUUGUAGUGUUUUU